UGUGAUGGUUGUCAUAUGGAUCCAAUACUUGGUACGCGUUUUCUUUGUAUGAAUUGUGAUGAAAGUCGAGAAGUGGAUCUUUGUGAAGAUUGUAUGAUUGAGGGAAAAUUUGAAAAUGGUAAGUAUGAACAUCAUAAAAAAUCGCAUCGGUUUUCAGCAAUUGUUAAUCCUACAUCACAACGUUUUGAUAUGGAUCAUGUUCCUGAACAAGUUGAUGAAUACAACUAUUUAGAUGCUACACCCGCUGAACAAUAG